AUGGCACCCUCCCUUGAACAUUACGAAGAAGCUACUUCCGGUAUUCCUGUGAAGGUGCUUGGUACACAGAUUGAUGGCACCAAUGGAGCUGCGUCGCUACAGCUCGAGGAAGCCGACAAGCACGAUCAAGUGCUUCGUGUCUUCCGCUGCUUGAUUGCAGACUUGUGCGAACAAUUCGCCGGUGGCCACCCUGGUGGUGCCAUGGGCAUGGCAGCCAUUGGUGUGUCACUCUGGAAAUAUGCCAUGAAGUACUCACCAGCAAACCCCAACUACUUCAACAGAGAUCGCUUCGUCCUCUCAAACGGCCAUACAUGUCUGUUCCAAUACACUUUCAUGCAUUUGGUCGGGUACAAGAACAUGACCAUUGACCAACUCAAAUCAUAUCAUUCGGACCGAGCAGACUCGAUUUGUCCCGGACAUCCUGAGAUCGAGCACGAAGGUAUCGAAGUUACAACAGGUCCUCUGGGUCAAGGUGUUGCCAACGCUGUUGGUAUGGCGAUGGCAACAAAGCACCUUGCUGCCACCUACAACAAACCGAACUACGACGUUGUCAACAACAUGACCUACUGUAUGAUUGGUGAUGCCUGUCUGCAAGAGGGUGUUGGUAUGGAGGCUGUGUCUCUUGCUGGUCAUUGGAAGCUCAACAACCUUGCCCUCGUCUAUGACAACAAUCAAAUCACAUGCGAUGGUUCUGUCGACAUCACUUGCAACGAUGAUGUCAACGAAAAGAUGAAGGCCUGUGGUUGGAACGUCAUCGAUGUGACGGACGGUGUAUCGAACAUCUCGGGCAUCGUACAGGCUCUCGUCGCUGCCCGCGCGAGCGUUGACAAGCCCACGUUCAUCAACAUCCGCACAAUCAUCGGUAUCGGCAGUGCCUCGGCCGGUGAUGCAAAAGCUCACGGUGCUGCUUUUGGUGCCGAAGACGUCGCCAACAUCAAGCGUGCUUUCGGUAUGAACCCAGAGGAGCACUUUGUUGUUCCCGACACAGUCUAUGACUUCUUCCGUGAGGCAAAGUCACGAGGCGAGGACCUUGAGAAGGAAUGGAAUGCCCUCUUGGAAGGCUACAGCAAGGAUCACCCCGAGUUGGCUGAGGAAUUUAAGUUGCGUGUCGCAGGCAAGAUGCCCAAGGACUGGACCAAAUUCAUCCCGGCGAAGGGUAGCUUCCCUACAUCGCCUACACCUUCAAGGAAAUCCUCUGGCCUGGUUUGCAACCCUCUUGCCCAGAACCUCUCCAACUUCAUGGUCGGUACUGCAGACUUGACGCCUUCGGUCAACAUGACAUGGAAGGACAAGGUUGACUUCCAAAACCCUGAUCUCAAGACUGCUUGUGGUAUCAAUGGCAACUAUGCCGGUCGCUACAUUCACUGGGGUAUUCGAGAGCACGCCAUGGCCGCAAUCUCCAACGGUCUUGCCGCCUACAACAAGGGCACAAUCUUCCCCGUCACUUCAUCCUUCUUCAUGUUCUAUAUCUAUGCUGCACCUGGUAUCCGCAUGGGUGCCCUCCAAGGUCUACAGCAAAUCCACAUCGCCACUCACGACUCGAUCGGUACUGGUGAAGAUGGACCCACACAUCAACCUAUCGCCCUUGCAGCACUAUACCGCAGCAUGCCUAAUCUUCUCUACAUCCGCCCCUGCGACUCUGAAGAAACAGCCGGCGCCUUCAUCGCCGCCAUCAAAGCCGACACAACUCCAUCCAUCAUCUCCCUCUCCCGCCAAGCCCUCAUCCAAUACCCCGAAAACAGCAACCGCGAUGGCGUCCAAAAAGGCGCCUACGUCUUUAUGGAGCAAGAAAACGCCGACGUAACCCUCAUUGGCGUGGGCUCGGAAAUGUUCUGCGCGGUCGAGACCAAGAAAUUGCUGGAAGAACAGCACAAUAUCAAAGCUCGCGUGGUGUCAUUCCCCUGCCAACGCUUGUUUGAGCAGCAAAGUAAGGAGUACAAGCAAUCCGUACUACAGUAUCGCAGCAAUGCCCCUCGCGUGGUUAUCGAGGCGUAUGCUGUCAAUGGCUGGGAGCGCUAUGCCGAUGCCGGAUACUCGAUGCCCUCGUUUGGCAAGUCUUUGCCUGGCAAGACUGCUUACAAGCAUUUCGGCUUUGAUGCACAGGCCAUUGCGCCCAAAGUCAAGGCGUUGGUUGAGGAGGUCAAGAAGGAAGGUAUUGAGUCUUUGAGAGGAGACUUUAGGGAUUUGAACGGCACGAUGGGGUAUGGAAUGCACCACUAG